UGCACAGCAUGCAAGACAACAAUUUUGUCAACCUUCUCAGUGUAUCAUGGCUGCUUUUCUAGUGGCACUGCUAGUGUUCGUCUGCCUGUGCAAUGGGGCAGUCCAUGGCGACCACAGCGAUGCCGUUGUGCAAUCACUGCCUGGCUGGUCGGGCCCGCUGCCUUCCAAGCACUACAGUGGAUACGUGGAUAUAGACUCUGGUCGUAUGCAUUACGUGUUCGUGGAAAGCGAGAACAACUGUCCAAGCCAGCAGGACCAAGUGCCCCUGGUACUGUGGGUGCAGGGCGGUCCAGGAUGCAGUUCUCUGCUGGGAUAUUUCACCGAAGUCGGCACAUUCCAAGUUAUGCCGACGAAUGACAGCUCACUGCGUCUGGAGCUGAACGCUCAUCGGUGGAGCAAGUGUGCACACAUGCUGUACUGGGAAUCUCCCGUCGGUGUUGGUUUCAGCUAUUCACCCAGCAAACACUACAAGACCAAUGACAGCCAUGUGGCCGAUAUGAACCUGCAGUUCCUCGUCAACUGGUUCAAAGAGUUUCCCGAGUACGCCAACUUGGACUUCUAUAUUGCCGGUGAGUCCUACGCUGGUAUCUACAUCCCCAUGGUUGCAAGUCGGGUCAAGGACAACGGCAACAUCAACCUGAAAGGCAUCAUGGUCGGAAACGGCUGCAUUGGAAAUCAGGUGGGUGCCUGCUCGGAUACAUACGAACUCGGCUUCGCCAUGCCGUACCUGUACACGCACGGCUUUGUGAGUGACUCGGCGUACAAACGCGUGCAGACGCAGUGUGCCGGCUCGCUGCGUCCGUCCGGCGAGGCGUGCGUCGCCGCCAUCAACGCGGCCUACGGCAGCGUGGGCCCGAUCAACGUAUACAACGUCCUGGGGUCGUGCCAGCUUGCCAACUCCUCCACGUCAAGCGGCUCUCGCUUGCUGCGCACGCACUCGCACGUCGGCGACGGCAUCCGAGGUCUUCCGGACUGCCUCGUCGGCCAGUACGCGCAGGCGUAUCUGCAGAACAGCGGCGUGCAGAAGGCGCUCCACAUCGUCCACGACACGGAGCUAGCUCCGUGGACGGCGUGCUCGGACACGCUGCACGCGUACUACGGUGAAACUGUGCCGAGCAUUCUCAACGACUACACGCACAUCCUGGGAAGCUAUCGUGUACUGAUCUACAACGGCGAUGCAGACUGCCGCAUCCCCUUCACUGAUAACAAGCAGUGGACGGAGCAGAUGGUGGAGAAGUGGGGACUGUCGACGGUUUCCAAGUGGCAACCGUGGCUGACUGACGAUGCACAGGUCGGUGGUUACCUUACUAAGUAUUCGAAGGACUUCUCCUUCAUCACGGUACGAGGAGCUGGCCACAUGGUGCCGCAGUUCAAGCCGCAGGCGGCAUUCGAGAUGUUCCAGCGUUUCUUGACCAACACGCUGUGAGUAAUGUCAUAGUACGGCGGCGCGGCAUGCGGCAUGGGGCCCGAGGUUGUAUCGGGGAAUCUCUGGCCCCCGCAUAAGGCCUUUCGCUGGAACAGAGCAAGGCAUGCUGAACUUAGGCUGGCAGUUUUCGCGGAGAGUCUGUUCUGACAUGCAUCUCUGGCUAUUCGAACUUAGCUGCUAGUGCUGGAAGUAUGUAAGUGUUUGCAAUGGUAGCGACUGCCUUGGCAUUCUUGUCCAAUGCAUGUCUCAUGCCCACAUUCCUGGUACUCCGUUUGUGCCGGCGUCUGAGCUCUGUGGAUUUGUCAGAUCUUGUUCGUUCGUUUGUGAUGUCGUCUUGCCCUCUCGCUUUCUCUUUCCUCUUUCUCUCUUUUCUUUAUUGUAAGCCAUUCCGAGGCAGAUGUCGCCACUUGCUGUGCAUGUGGCCAUUAUCCACUGGUGCUGCGUUGGACUCUUUCUUUCAGAUGUUUUCUUCGCAAUUCACUCUCUGCAAAGACUAUGUGCAUGUUGUGUUGCAUCUGAAUUCUAGUACAGUCCAGCGUUGUUCUGUUAUUUCCAGCCCCGCCAAUACGGUACAGAGAAUUGCUGCCGAUGCUGAUGGCAAGGAAAUUGUUCUUUUUUUUUUUACCAAUCAAAGAACCAGAAUAGAACAUUGUGUUGUGCAGAACCCACGGCCUCUCACGACCGGAUAGUGCAUACGCUGCGCUGGUUGGUGGGGGAGUGUGAAGUUCCAUGUACUGUGCUGCUCAAUGCAAUGAUUUGAAAUCCAGUCACAGUGUCACUCAAGUACGCGCCGGGCGUUGCGCAGCCCUAGACCUGCCAACACUGGGCCGCGAAAUGGUGCACCGUUCAAGCUAACUUGCAAUCAGUGCCACGACUGGAUUUCAUUGUGCAGGACUGUAUACUAUAUAGUAGGAGAUGCAAUGCUGCUGCCUACUCUCUUUGUCUUUCACCUUUCAGCAUUUUACUUCCAGUCAGCAUCACUGUCCAGGCUGUAUCUA